UUACAGGUUUAACUGUAUCCUCCCUCUAAGCUCUUGUUUCUCACUGUUUUCUACUUCAUGCUUGUUUGAGGAUAUUUUACUUCAGUGUGAUUGGCUGAGCUGCUACUUUCAUUCUUUAUUCACCUGUUCGGUCGCAACCAAACCAUUGGCUUUCAAACACGUCGGUUACAUCUCCUGGCUGCCCCGCCUCCUAUUCCUUGUAGGACCACAAGCCCGAAAGCUUGGCCCCUUCGGCUCCAUGCAAGUAGCCUACGAAGUUCUGUCGUAGAGAUCCCCAUCAUGAAAUCAGGCAUCUAAACGGAACUGAGCUUGCGAAAGGUGAUGGGAGAAUUCCACAUGGGGUUUGUGACAACGACUGACUUUCUCAUGAUUUGCACAGAGAGGGAUGGAUUGAGACAACGUGUAUCUUUAAAAGCCGGGUAUUGAGUGGGCUUGAGCGGAUCACCCCCGAUGUUGUGCAGAACUUUAGCCAAAAAGGGAAAAUCGGAGGAAAUAUUCUGGGAUGCAGGGAACCGACGACUAGUCGGGCUGUCGCUCUCUAAUCUACUGUUUUUUUCCAUAUGAGUUGGGAUGUAGGGAGGUCAAGACGGAGUUCGUCAUUAUUUUUGUGGAUAACGAUUGUUUGGGAGAAGUAAACAAUUCCUCAUCUAAUCUGCUGAACAGUAAAGGAGUUUAGAGGAUUGGCACUUCAAGCCGACAUUUCAUUAUUUGGAGGACUUGCUCGAAAAUAGUUCGCAUUCUAAUUAAGAAUAGAACGCUAAGACGCGCCCGUUGGACAGUUUCCUGAAAAUGCCAAAGAUGAACAGAGAGCGAGAUGCCAAAGGGGACGGACGGCUUUGUCAGAUUUUAAAAUGGGCUCUCCUGACGUCUCUUUACAGAGCAGCAGUGGAGUGUCGAGGAGGCGUGGAGGCGGCGCCCAAGUUUUCCUCCGCCCUGCCGACGUACCUCCCAGUUUCCUGCCAGCUCCAGGGCGCCGAGUCCUCCUUCUUCCUCCGCGAGGCCGGCCAGGAGGCCAUGCGCAACGGCAGCCUGCAGACCCGCAGCGAGCCCCUCUACAUCCACCUGCCCGAGGCAGUGGGGCCAUCGGGCGCGCUCUCCAUCAACUGCAGCUACGCCAACCUCACGGCCGAGGCUCCCGUCCCCGUUGAGCUCCUCCAGGGCUCGGCCCCGGGGUCCCCGCUGCUCCCGUCGCCCGCUCACGUCACGCCGGCCUGGAAGGUGCGGGCGCACGUGGUGGCACGCAGAGUGCCGCCUGAGCGGCCGUGGCUCCAGGUGCUCUUCUAUCUGGCGGGCCGCCGGUGGGACAUGGCGGAGGAGGAGGAGGAGAUCCGGUUGCCCUGCGUCAGGCUGCUGGCCCAGCGCGAGCCUGGUGAGGUGCCUCUCGCGGCCCAGUGCCGGCUGGAAGGCAGCCUGGGGAUCUGUGUCGCAGCGCUGGAGCUCCCGACCAGCUGGUUCACCCCGGCGCAGAGCCCCCGCAGGAGGACCCAGGAGGCUGCGCCGCCCAGCGUGGAGCUGUACUACUCCAUCCUACCCGCAGAGGGCGCUGGACGCGAAUGCCCCGCGCCCAAAGACCGGGGGAAGAGCCCGAGCCGGGGCUAUGGGGGUGGUCUGAGCCAAAAUGAGGCCCUGCAAAACGCCCAGCCACUGGGCCGGGUGGUGCUGGGCGGGGAAGAGGUGAAGGCGAGCGGCAGCCGCCUCAGGCUGGAUGAUAACGUGGAGAUCGCCGUGCCGCCGAGCCCAGUGAAGCAGGGCCAGACAGUCGGCUUCCAGAUCAGCAUGAGUACGGCGGCCACAGUCGAGCAGUUCACACUCAGAGCCAUGUACAGAGAAGGAAUCAAUUUCGUCGUGCUGAAGCCUAGCAACCUGGCCUCCUGGGAGAUCAAACAGGAAGUGGUGCCAGGGAGCUCCUUCGUGUCCAUGUUCUGUCAGCGCAAGGCCAGCUCGCUGGGACUGAGACUCGAGGGGUCCUUCUACGAGGUCAUGUCCGUCGACUUCGAGAUUGACAACUUUAUCAACCUCAAGUCCACCCAGACCAUCCGAUGGCAAAUUGAGUACCCAGCCACGGGCCUGCAGGCAGAGGCUCUCUCCUAUAUCUACAUCAGCCAGAGGGACAUCCAGGGCAUAGUGCCCCUGGCAGAGAACACAGAGAUCCUCAACACUGCCAUUCUGACCGGCCAGCGUGUGUCGGUCCCGGUGAAGCUGGUGACCGUGGAGCAGGACGGCACGGUGAGGGAGGUGGACAACAUGGUGGGCUGUGCCUCCACGGACGAAGACGUGGUGAAGGUGUCCCCCGGCUGUGAUUCCGUGCUGGUGAAUGGCAAGGAGAUGCGCGGCCGCCAGUCUCUGAUGGUCAACUUCACCUACCUGUACCUGAGCACGCAGCUGGAGCUGACCGUGUGGGUGCCACGGCUGCCUCUGCAGAUCGACGUCUCCGACACUGAGCUGAGCCAGGUCAAAGGCUGGAGGGUCCCCAUCCUCUCCAAUAAGAGGCCGACCCGCGACAGUGAUGAUGAUGAGGAUGAUGACAGACGAGGAAGGGGCUGCACGCUACAGUACCAAUACGCCCUGGUGCGGGUGCUGACCCACUUUGUGGCGGAGCCCACGGACCCAGGCGGGGAGCUGGUCUACAUGCUGGGUGCGGACUGGCAGGCGGACAUCACGGACCUGGUGCAGGACUACCUGAAGGUGGAGGACCCGCGCAUCGCCCGCCUUAUCGACGGGAGGGUCCUCAUGGGCAGAGACCUGGGCAUCACCACCAUUCAGGUAAUCUCGCCGCUCUCAGACUCCAUCUUGGCCGAGAAGACUGUCACAGUCUUGGACGACAAGGUGACCAUCUCGGACCUCGGCGUGCAGCUGGUGGCCUCUCUCAGCUUGUCCCUGCAGCCCAGUCCUGCAGACAGCCGCGCCAUCUACGUCACCACCACCGCGCAAGACCUCUUCCAUGCACCCAAACAGGAAGCUGUCAUCAGCGCCUGGAUCCAGUACAGUGAUGGCUCCGUGACACCCCUAAACAUCUACGACCCCCGGGAUUUCACCUUGACUGCCACCUCCCUGGAUGAGGCAGUGGUCUCCACCUACCAGGACGCCCCGCAGAAGUGGCCCAUGGUGCAGGCCGAGGGAGAGGGCCAGGGGGCCCUGGUCAAGGUGGAGAUGGUCAUCUCCGAGACCUGUCAGAAGUCCAAGCGCAAGAGUGUACUGGCGAGUGGCGUGGGCAACGUGCGGGUGAAGUUCGGCCAGAACGACGUGGAGCAGAGAGGCGGUGGUGGUGGCGGGCAGGACGAGGGUGAGGGUGGCCUGGACAACAGCACCAGCGAGCAGAGGCAGAAGGGUCAGGGGGAGGAGGGGAAAACGGGGUCAGAGUACACCAAGUACACCAGCGCCGCAGCCGACCGAGAGGAAGGCGCGGUGAGGAAGGUAAGCACCACAACCAAGACCACUGUCACCAAAAAGUCCCCUGGGGCUAAGCAGGGAGGUGGCGGUGGCCAGACCCCCGUAGACUACACCAGCAUCCCCGCCCAGGUGGAGCUUCCUGGAGGGGCUGAGAGUGACCUGACCCAGAGCCCGCGUGGGCUGUCUGACCUGGAGAUCGGCAUGUACGCCCUGCUGGGGGUCUUCUGCCUGGCCAUCCUGGUCUUCCUCAUCAACUGCGUGAGCUUCGCCUUCAAGUACCGCCACAAGCAGCUGCCCGUGCUGGAGCAGGGCAACAUGAACCACGCGCACGACUGGGUGUGGCUGGGCAACGAGGCCGAGCUCAUGGACCAUCACCAUCACAUCAACCACCACGGCCCGCUGCCCCACACCGACGAGUGCACCACCGCCAUCGACCGGAGCGACAGCUGUGAGGAGAGCAAAUACCUGCUCAACGGCAGUGGGACUCUCAAGGGCAGCAUUUCGGCCCAUGGCCAGACCCUUCCCCGGACUCUCUCCGACCCGCGCGGGCCCUGCGUGGGCAAGGACCCGUCAGGCAAGGCCGAGCCCCUGAAUAACUCGCCCCGGGCCUCCAAGGGCAAGCGGGUCAAAUUCACCUCCUACGCCACAGUGCUGCCCGACGAGGGAGGGCCCUACACCAACUCAAUCCUCGUUGGCAACGAAGACGACAUCAAGUGGGUGUGCCAAGACAUGGACUUGGGACAAUCGGCUGAGAUCAGAACCUACAUGGAGAGGCUACAAGACAAUCUGUGAGAAAGCGAUGUGGGGGGGAACUGGACUCGACAUAAAUCUCACCUGUAUUGCCUUUGCAGUUGCGGUUACUUUCAUGAAGGACUUAGACGAGGAGACGUCAAAUGGUUUGGAAUGCAAUGCAAGUGACAUUCAUCAGUUGAUAUGACAGUGACCUAUCGGAGUGAGGGGUCAAAUUUAAUUGUGUUGAACAGUUGUCCUGGCUGGCUCUGAAACUUUUACUAAUGCCAGUCGAGGGCCUGAGAAUAACUCAUUUAAGAUAAACCACUGGAUGGUGAGACCAUGUAAAGCAUACAGAAACUGGUGUACAUUUAUUUGAGUAUAAGAAUUUAGAAGAGCAAGAAUUGAGUUUUACCUUUUUUUUUUGGUUCAAAAAUUUAUUCAGUCGGUUUUGUUGUGUAACGUGUCUUCUGACUUUAGCUAGCAGUGCAGACUGUGUGUGUACCAUCUCAUGCAGUGCUUUUUUAAACAACACUAAAUGCUCCAUUAGUUGUGUUAAUUUCUGUGGUCUACAUUCGAUGGUUGGAUAUCCUCUUCACCCUUGCCACCUCCAUCCAAAAUCAAUGUGCUUUGUGUCGCUUGUAGACAUCAUUACAAACCCAUACCUAAUCUGACUCCACCAACCCAAAACUGUAACCAUCUUUUAGGCUCUUACACGUCCAUUUAGACAUCCCAACAUCACACCUGUGCCAACCACACCCCAGCCAGAAAAAAGAUGAAUUACAUAUUCUUUAAUACCUUAUGAACUUAACAGUACCGCCCUACCUUUCUUUUGCAAUGAAUGUUUAGAGGACAAAAGAGAUUUUUGAGCGUCCUUCACACAGCCUCUCGGCUGCUGAUAGAAGCGCUCACUUGCACAAUCGGAAG